AUGGGGCGUGUCCCCCCUCUCCAUGCUCCAAUAUUAUCCUCCCUCUUUGUUUCAUGUCGAUAUUCUCCAGAGAAGGCAGGGAAAUGGACCUAUCGCUCUGCGCCCAUCUAUUCGCUCGCCUCGCGCAUGAAGGAGUUUGCGAAUGACCAGACUCCAGGGCCUGCCGCCUACGGGCUCCCCCCAGUGAUCGGGCCCAAGGUCGUCGGCAAGAGCUCUGCCCCAAACUAUUCCCUCCUGGGGCGCAGCUUGCUUGGCAGCUUCUAUGAGGACCUGAGCAAGACGCCAGGGCCCUGUAACUACCGUGUGGUGGAACCCAGCGUGUACAAGACCCGGGCCCCCCAGUACAGCAUGCUUGCCCUCAACAUGCUCCUUGGGAAUAGCACGCAGAAACCAGGGCCCGGGGCACACAGCCCGGAGAAGUACGUCCAGCAGCGUGGCCAGACCUUUGGGAUCCGCCACUCCGACUACCUGGCGCCCCUUGUCAUAAACAGAUAGCUAAGGGUUAAUGUCUCUUUCACCUGAACCACCUGACCAGAGGACCAAUCAGGAAACAGGAUUUUUUUCAACUCUGGGUGGAGGGAAUUUUGUGUCUGAGUCUUUGUCUGUCUGCCUGCUUUUCUCUCAGCUUUGAGAAGUGAUUUCUGUUUUCUAAUCUUCUGUUUCCAAGUUGUGAGUACCAAACAUGGUUUUGUUGUUUUUGUAUUUACAUGUCU